GGGGGGGGGGGGGAAGCUUGGAUGAAAAAAUCUAAAAACACUAUACCCUUAAUGGACAAUGCUGGAUCCGACCCUGGGAUCUGACUCGACGAUGGGGUUUACAUAAUGAGUGUCAAUUUUGGAAAUAUGCCCUUGGGCAUACUACAGUAAAGCCUUCAUUGAAAUAACGAGAAGUUACAAAUGCACGAUUCUAAUUGAUUGAUUGAUUGAAAAAAAAAGUUCGGUUCGAUUUUUUUUAAUUUGCGUUUCAUUACAACUCUGUUUGCAACAGGUCUCUUAAAUUACACACCAAGCUAUUUUAUCCAGUUGUACAUGGGGUUGGCGACAUCGGAUAUGUAAUACGACCCUCAUAUGCUAGUAUUUUAAUAUGUACAUUUCAAAUUGAAUUUAAAAAAUCUAUGAUGCGGCGUGAUUAAUUCGUGGACUAAAGCGCAUGCGCGAGCAUUCAGAAAAUGGUAUAAAAUGGGUGUCAGGACUGGUUCGCAGAAUACAUGCUCUUUCCUUACUGCAGUAUCCAAUUGAAGAAGUGUUGUGUCUUCGAUGUGUAAUUGUGGGACAUAGUAUCGCUCUAUUCUUUUUAAUAGUCUUAAUUUGACUGUAUUCGUCUUUGUCCAACGACUUUACUCACAAUGGAAGAUCAAACUUGGGACAUCUUCUCAGAUGAGCAUCUUUAUCAGCUUUGGCAGAAAAAAGCUGAGAUCUAUUGCCAGGGUGCUGGAGAGUUUGAGGACCGCACGUUUGGGAGAUUCAAUAAAGACGUCUUGGUAUACCUGAAUAGAAUUGGGAUUGGAAAAAACCUAAUUGACAGUCUUUCUAUCAUUCAUGUUACUGGGACUAAAGGAAAAGGAUCGACUUGUUCUUAUGUGGAGAACAUUCUUGAAACAUGUGGAUACAAAACCGGUCUGUUAAGUUCUCCAACGCUCCUCGAAAUAAGAGAGCGCAUUCGUAUCGGAGGCACAGUCUUGAGUCAACGGACAUUUGCAGAAUAUGGGUUAACAAUCCUAAAAAGACUUGAGGAGACAGAAAACACAGAUGACGAAGGGACAACCUUUAAACAACCAAAUCUUAUUCAGUAUCUCACCGUAUUAUGCAUUCACAUCUUUCUCCAAGAAAAGGUUGAUGUUGGAAUCGUUGAGGUCUUUGUUGGUGGUGAAACGGAUUGUACCAAUAUUUUCAGUUCACCAUCUUGCGUUGGUAUCACAACCCUUGACUUGGAUCAUCUUGGAAAACUUGGGGAUUCAUUGGAGAGCAUUGCUUGGCACAAGUCAGGACUAGCAAGAAAAGGACGUCCCUUAUUCACAGUCUGCCAGCAACCGGGACCGCUCAAAGUAAUGGCUGAAAGAGCAGCAGAGUUCGGGGCAAUUUUGAAGAUUUGUCCUUCGUUGUCCGAGCACGAUUUCGGUGGAUCUCCCAUCGAAGUCGGUCCUGAGGGCGGUCAUCAGCUCAUCAACGCCAGCAUUGCUAUCCAGCUAGCACGACAUUGGAUUGAAGAACGAGAUCCACACCGAUUCACAUUCGAUGCUACUAAGCAGGAGAUCUAUCCAGCAUCCAAGACAUCCAUUGAUGUUAAUGGUGAUAUCAUAGUUGACAAGAUACCUUUCGCAAGGCCUUUCAUCUUACCUGAUCAGUUCAAAAAAGCUCUCAAGGAAUGUUCCUUAUAUGGUAGAUGUCAGAUUGUACGAAAAAAUCAGAUCACGUUCUACUGUGAUGUUGCUCACACGGUCAAAAGUAUGGCUUCCUGUGCGAAAUGGUUUCUGUCUAAAGCUGGUACUCAGAGGGAGGGGAUCGAUGGUCGUGUAACCCGUGUCCUUAUGUUUUCCAUGAGGCCCAAACAACAGACGCCUGAAAUUCUUACUCAGCUUUUGGGGAUCGAUUUUGAUGCAGUUUUGUUUACUCCAAGUUGGAUGACAUAUGGCGAACAUGACGAGGCACAUCCCAUUCGCUUCAAAAACCCGACUUAUCGACGCACACCCCAAGAAGAGCUUAUCAACACUCAUCAAACUCGAAUGAGUUUUGAGUAUGUCCGUGCAAUGAAAGAUCCCACCAAUCAGAAGAAGCCUAUCAUCAAGGAAUUCCCGUCGAUUUCAACUGCUCUUCAGUGGCUUGCAGGUGGUACACACGAUAUCCCUCAGAAGCUGAUGACCUUGGCGCCAAAAUCCGAUGAUAAUUUCGAUGGCGGGAACCACAUCGAAGUGUUAGUUACUGGAUGUGUCACAUUGGUUGGUGGCGUCAUCAAAAUAUAUGAUCCUUCUUCUGUCCUCGGACGUGAUGAUUUAUAACGGUCUGCAAAAAAUAACAUUGCAGUUCUUAGCAUUAUGUAUCAAUGCUCCAUCCAAAAUCACUAUUAUGGAUUACUUUGAAACAUUUAAUUUUUGAUUUUUUUUAACCUUAUUUUCAAUUAACUGACGACCAAUGCACUGUUUUAUAAAUUAUACUCAACACUGACGAGAGAUUUAAACUUGAAGCCGAAGUCAGAAUUCCGAAUCAAAUUUUCGUGACAAAUAGUUUUCUAGUUCGGAGGAAAGACAAAAAUAACUUAUGUAAUUGAAUAAGAGGGGCGUUUGUAUUGAAUAGUUAUUUCGUUCAGUAUAUUUCAUAGACUUCUUCAUUUGCAGUGAGUAAAUGGUGAACAAUAAUAUUUUAUUGUUAGAAAAAUGUUUGUACAAAGAUGCACAGAACGCAUUUUUGUCUUAAAUGAUUAUGUGUUUUGUUUUGUGUUAUCUUGUAUCAUGUAGGAAUUUUUUAUAUACAAUUCGAUUUCAUUUUAUUUUCCACCCUGUGGAUAUUCGUUUGCUCACAUUACGAAGACAUUUCUUCUACAACGAUGUUAUAUAAAUUACAUAUAUUACAUUAUAAACUGUAUGCAAUUAUACCAAAUGACAUAAGACAGUAACAGAGGAAAUGAAAUUCUCCAGGAUAAUGUUAUCAACAGAGAUAUAAAAGUAUACUUUAAGUGAAGAUGAAAGCCAGGUAAAAAAAAGAACAGAAAAGAAAAUUCAGGCGGUGAGGCUAUUGCAUGUGCGAAUAUAGAAAGAAACAAAUGAAUUAAUUCAGAUUUUUGUGAAAUAGUAAAUAUAAAAAUAGUUAUAAAUAUUAUGGAAAUCGUGGACAUUGUGGAAAGAAUUUAUACUUUGCUUUAACUUCUACACGUUGUAUAAAAGAUAUGUAAUUUGCAUGAAUGAUAUUCUCUUUGAUAAUGAUCGAACCGCGGUGAAUACCAAAUAAUUUCAUUUCCAAGUAAUACAUAUUUGUUGUUGCAAGAAACGAGUUGAUAUAAUGGGUUGGGGUUAUGAUAAGAUGUUUUUUCAGUAUUUUGUUAAAAAUCAUUAGAUCUUACGUAUAUUUCUAGAAUGGUUUAAUUAACCUUCGUAAUGGUGGAACACGUUUUGAUUGAAACUUUAAUAAUCAUCUUGUAAGUGUAUCUUGCGGCAAAUCUAUCACAAAUACAAACUUGUUAAAAUGUCAGGUUUGGAAUAAUACAAUCAUGUUUAUUCAGCUCCUCGGACAGGUUUAAAUCCAUACCGCCUUUGUACCUUAUAGAAGUUAGCCUAAUUGAGCAGAGUAAAGAUAGGGGCAAGUCCUUCAUGUCAUUUAAUCCGUGAUUCUGUCAGAUCUUUCCAGCUCCGCUCGUAGGGUCCAACGAAUAUGAGAGACUGUAUACCGGAUUUUGGAAAAUGUUACCGUUCAUUAAAAGAAUCACUUAAUGCAUUUUUAUGAAUAGAAUAUGGAUAAGAGAAAAUCAUUGAGAGAUUGAAAUAUUUGAUUAUAGAUGUGGGGAUUAUGGCUUCUUAAUUUGUUAUAUGUAUGAGGUUGGCAUUUUUAUUUAAUUAGGAGUGAUCACUUCUAUCACAUCUUUCUUGAAAAAAAUAUUUCCAAAUAAAUUGUUUUAGGAAAAA